AUGCUAGCAAACCCUAGCACCAGUACUCUCCAUUACAGGCCGAGCUCCACGCACAACCCUCCAUUUAUACACACUAAUCAUCGCUGCAAACUCUCUCUCUCUCCAAAUUGCCCUCGCUUCGCCAAUUUUGCAAAAUCCAAGUUUUCUUCACUUUCUCUGCUUCUAUCAAAUAGAAAACUUGAAAGGUUGUUUACUGUAGUUAAAGCUUUCGAGGAAACUUCUGUUGUAAAUGAUGGCCCUCAGUCUUUGCCUCAGCCUGUUUCUGUCAAAAUCCCAGUCGGUGACAGACAUAUAUUGGUUGAGACAGGUCAUAUUGGGAGACAAGCAAGUGGUUUUGUCACCGUGACAGAUGGAGAAACUAUUAUCUAUACAUCUGUUUGUUUGGAUGAUGUCCCUAGUGAGCCUUCUGAUUUCUAUCCUCUAUCUGUAAAUUAUCAAGAGCGAUUUUCUGCAGCAGGUCGAACUAGUGGAGGAUUUUUCAAACGAGAAGGGAAGUUGAAAGAUCACGAGGUUCUUACUUGUAGAUUGAUAGAUAGGCCUUUGCGCCCAACUAUGCUUAAGGGCUUUUACCAUGAAACUCAAAUACUAUCCUGGGUUUUGAGCUAUGAUGGUUUGCAUUCUCCUGAUUCUUUGGCAGUGACAGCAGCUGGAAUAGCAGUAGCUCUUUCAGAAGUGCCAAAUACAGAAGUAAUUGCAGGAGUUAGAGUUGGCCUCAUUGACAGCAAGUUUAUUGUGAAUCCAACAACCAAGGAGAUGGAAGAGUCACAAUUAGAUUUAUUGCUGGCUGGUACAGACAGUGCAAUAUUUAUGAUAGAGGGUUAUUGCAAUUUUCUUCCGGAAGAAAAGUUGCUUGAAGCAGUACAAAUUGGACAGGAUGCAGUGCGGGCAAUUUGCAAUGAGGUUAAUGCUCUGGUGAAGAAGUGUGGGAAACCUAAAAUGCUUGAUGCAAUCAAAUUACCUCCUCCUGAGCUAUAUAAGCAUGUGGAGGAAAUCUCUGGUGAUGAGUUAGUAAAAGUUUUGCAAAUUAGAAGCAAGGUACCAAGAAGAAAAGCCCUUGCAUUACUGGAAGAAAAAGUGCUUAGUAUACUUACAGAAAAGGGAUAUGUAAGCAAGGAUGAAAAUUUUGGAAACCCCGAAACAGUUGCAGACUUGCUAGAGGUUGAAGAGGAGGAUGAGGAAGUAGUUGUAGAUGGUGAAGUAGAUGAAGGCGAUGUUCACAUAAAGCCAAUUGGACGCAAAUCUGCUCCUUUGCUGUUUUCUGAUGUGGAUGUGAAGCUGGUAUUUAAAGAAGUUACAUCCAAAUUCUUGCGUAGACGUAUUGUGGAGGGAGGAAAAAGAAGCGAUGGGAGAACCCCAGAUGGGAUACGUCCAAUUGAUUCCAGAUGUGGAUUACUCCCUAGAGCGCAUGGAAGUGCUCUAUUCACCCGUGGGGAAACACAGCCAAAAACAGCAGUCCUCAUUUUCUUUGAUGACCGAAGUUGCGGCACCAUUGCUGGUUGCAGCCUGGCAGAAGAUGUCUCAAUUCUUUCAUUAGCGGUUGUUACGCUUGGUGAUAAACAAAUGGCCCAAAGAGUAGACAACCUUGUGGACGAAGAGGAAUUCAAGAGGUUUUAUCUACAGUACUCAUUUCCUCCAUCAUGUGUUGGGGAAGUGGGCCGGAUAGGAGCACCUAGUAGAAGAGAAAUAGGUCAUGGAAUGCUUGCUGAGAGAGCUCUUGAGCCUAUAUUGCCUUCUGAAGAUGAUUUUCCUUACACCGUACGGGUUGAGAGUACAAUCACAGAAAGCAAUGGAUCCUCAAGGUCAGAAGCCAUAAAAAGUGCUAUUGUUGUAGUUGUACAAUUAGAAUAUAGGCCAGACCUCUGA